GAGGCAGCGUGAGGGACUGCUGGCGCACGUGCGAGGAUGAACCGAGUGCGCAUCGUGUGCGGAAGUAAACAAGGCAGACGGAGCUGAGUAUCACCAAAACUUUAAUUCAAGUACGCGAGACCAUGGAAUUGCAACUCUGAGACAUUUGACACUUUUCAAAACCAAAUGCCGUCAGAGCAAAACCCAUAAAUCAUUCAUUAGCUAGAUAUAAUUUACUUCAGUUUGUUUCUAUUGACCUAAAUUAAAGGUUUUCCGAGGCAACUGCUGUUGAUAGUUCUAAAAAUGAAGUGAACCACCGUUAUACGCUCGUCAAGGCUCCCAGAUGGGCCAAGAAAGUAGCAAUAAAAAUGCAGCCGGGCAUCACCGACUGAAGGAGCAUUUUCAUUGCCCCGGUGGAGCCGCUACCAUAUCAUCAAAGUUUCUCAGGCGGUAACCCGCAGCUCCAGCUGGAGGAGAGAAAUCACUGCCCCCAGAGCCAAGAAGACACGGGAGAGAGGGCUGGAUUUAAACCCGCCCCCCGGCGAGAUCUCGUGCCCCCUCCACCCCCUGAAAAAAAAAAAGAAGAAAAAAAACCUCCCAUUUUUCUCUCUCACUGUGUCUGUUUCUCACUCACUCUUCUCUCUCUGUCUUUCCCUCUGUCCCUCUCUCUUCCUCUACCUUUAUCCCUCGCCUUUCGCCGUCUCCCCCCACCACAAACAUGGAUCUCUCGGCGAGGUGUUUGUUUCUUCUAUCAUGUCUCGGCGUGAUAUUGGCGAUCGAUUUGGAGGCGAUUGAUCCGGGCUACUAUGUGGAGCCCAGUGCCACAUCAGAGGCGAUCGACUACAAGGAUCCCUGUAAAGCUGCUGCCUUUCUGGGAGACAUUGCUUUGGAUGAAGAGGACUUGAAAUCUUUUAAGGUGGACCGAAUCAUCAAUUUGGCUCAGAGAACCGUCCAGACCAUAAAUCACACAGAUACAGAUUCAGUCAGUAGCAGUGAUCCUAACAGACAGGGUGCACAGCGCAGGAAAAGGGCUGCCACCUCCAGACCUGAGCGUGUUUGGCCUGAGGGCGUCAUACCCUAUGUCAUCAGUGGCAACUUUAGUGGCAGCCAGCGGGCUAUUUUCCGCCAAGCCAUGCGGCACUGGGAGAAGCACACCUGUGUGACGUUUAUAGAGAGGACCCAGGAGGAGAGCUAUAUUGUCUUCACUUACCGUCCAUGCGGAUGCUGCUCCUACGUGGGUCGCCGAGGAGGAGGCCCCCAGGCCAUAUCCAUUGGUAAAAACUGUGACAAAUUUGGCAUUGUGGUGCACGAGCUGGGACACGUGAUUGGCUUCUGGCACGAACACACGCGGCCCGAUAGAGACGAACACGUCAGCAUCAUCAGGGACAACAUCCAGCCAGGGCAGGAGUAUAACUUCUUGAAGAUGGAGUCAGGGGAGGUGGACUCUUUGGGAGAAAUCUACGACUUUGAUAGCAUCAUGCAUUACGCUAGGAACACAUUCUCCAGAGGCAUCUUCCUGGACACCAUCCUGCCACGCUACGAUGUGAACGGAGUGCGACCACCCAUCGGCCAGAGAACCCGACUUAGCAAGGGCGAUAUUGCACAGGCACGCAAACUCUACAAAUGCUCGAAAUGCGGGGACAGUCUGCAGGACAGCAGCGGGAACUUCUCCUCCCCUGGCUUUCCUAACGGAUACUCGGCCUACAUGCACUGCAUCUGGAGAAUAUCAGUCACACCGGGGGAAAAGAUCAUCUUGAACUUCACCUCCAUGGAUCUGUACAGGAGUCACCUAUGUUGGUACGACCAUGUGGAGAUUCGCGAUGGAUACUGGAGGAAGGCACCUCUCAAAGGUCGAUUCUGUGGCGACAAGCUGCCCGAGCCGAUCAUCUCCACCGACAGCCGGCUGUGGAUCGAGUUCCGCAGCAGCAGCAACUGGGUCGGGAAAGGCUUCUCCGCCGUCUACGAGGCAAUCUGUGGUGGCGAAGUGAAGAGGGACAACGGUCAGAUUCAGUCCCCAAACUACCCUGACGACUACCGGCCCAACAAAGUGUGCAUAUGGAAGAUUUCUGUUACUCAGGGCUUCCACGUAGGUCUAACCUUCCAGUCAUUUGAGAUUGAAAGACAUGACAGCUGUGCUUAUGACUACUUAGAGGUGCGUGACGGGCUCUCUGAAACCAGCCCCUUGCUGGGCCGCUUCUGUGGAUACGACAAGCCAGAUGACAUUAAAACAAGCUCCAACCAUCUGUGGAUGAAAUUUGUUUCAGAUGGCUCCGUCAACAAAGCAGGCUUCGCUGCCAAUUUCUUCAAAGAGACGGAUGAGUGCUCCAAACCGGACAACGGUCGCUGUGAGCAACGCUGUGUCAACACGCUAGGCAGCUACAAGUGUGCCUGUGACCCGGGCUAUGAGCUGGCGGCUGACAAGCGCAGCUGUGAGGCUGCCUGCGGUGGCUUCAUCACCAAGCUGAACGGCUCCAUCACCAGCCCAGGGUGGCCCAGGGAGUACCCUCCGAACAAGAACUGCAUCUGGCAGCUGGUCGCCCCCACGCAGUACCGCAUCACUCUGCUCUUUGACGUCUUCGAGACCGAGGGCAAUGACGUUUGUAAGUACGACUAUGUAGAGGUACGCAGCGGGCUCUCAGCAGACUCUAGGCUGCAUGGGAAGUUCUGUGGAGCAGAAAAACCAGAAGCUAUAACCUCUCAGUACAAUAACAUGCGCAUUGAGUUCAAAUCAGACAACACAGUCUCCAAAAAGGGCUUCAAAGCGCAAUUCUUUUCAGACAAAGAUGAGUGCUCUAAGGAGAAUGGCGGCUGCCAGCACGAGUGUGUCAACACCUUUGGAAGCUACAGCUGUCAGUGUAGGAGCGGCUUUGUGCUGCACGAGAACAAACACGACUGCAAAGAAGCUGGUUGCGACCACACUGUGAAUAGUGUUAGCGGUGUUAUUACCAGCCCUAACUGGCCCGAUAAAUACCCCAGCAAGAAAGCGUGCACCUGGGCACUCACCACCACUCCAGGCCACCGCAUCAAAAUAGCCUUUAAUGAGAUCGACAUGGAGGCUCACCUAGAAUGUGCGUAUGACCACAUAGAGAUCUACGACGGGCGAGAUGCAAAAGCCUCCUCUUUAGGUCGCUUCUGUGGCUCCAAGAAACCCCCUCCCAUCAUCUCAAGUGGCAACAAGCUGUUCAUCCGUUUCUUCUCUGAUAACUCGGUGCAGAAAAAAGGCUUCGAGGCGUCUCAUACUGCAGAGUGUGGAGGUCAUCUAAAGGCUGAAGUUAAAACCAAAGACCUGUUUUCCCACGCCCAGUUUGGAGACAAUAACUAUCCCGGAGCCUCCGACUGUCAGUGGGUGAUUUCAGCAGAGAAGGGAUAUGGUGUAGAGCUCAUCUUCCAGACUUUUGAGAUAGAGGAAGAGGCCGACUGCGGCUACGACUACAUGGAGCUCUUUGAUGGAGCGGACACCAAGUCUCCUCGCCUCGGACGCUACUGCGGCUCAGGGCCCCCAGAGGAGAUCUACUCGGCCGGCGACUCCAUUGUCAUCAAGUUCCACUCUGACGACACAAUCAACAAGAAAGGUUUUCACGUCCGCUACACCAGCACCAAGUUCCAGGACACACUGCACUCACGCAAGUGACCAGCGGGGGCCGGAAGGGGCCGUGCAGGGCAAAGGGGCAAAAGGAAGGGCCCCCGGGGGAGGCGCCAGCCUGUCGCUCGGAAACCUUCGGCCACCAAGACGAAUCAGACUCGACAGAACAGCCGCAAGACCACCAACCGCACCUCGACACCCAGGGGCUCGAGCUCCCCCCACAGACUGUGAGGAGUAAAGCCAUUCUGCACCUUGUUUUUACCUUUGUAGGGUUAGGGUUGGGGUGAGAGGACGAACAUCUACUUUAGGCAGACAGUAGGGGAAAAUGUAUUGACCCACUCCCCUCCAAAAAAAAAAAAAAAAAAGUUUUUUUGUUUUUUUUUAUUCUUUUUUUUUUAACAUGCCUCCUACUCGGAGGCAAAAAGGAAAACAGUGGAUUCUCAGGACCUGUAGGAAGGCAGGCAUCAGCUGGACAGAUCUCUGCUUUUGUCAGGCCAGCCCACCACAUGGCGGGGGGUGGAGUGGGGUGGAGAGGAAGAGGAAGAGGAGGAGGAGUAUGGGAACAUCUCCUUCGGUUAUUGCUCUCCUCUCCUCUCACUCUCACUCUCAUGCCUACGGUGCAUGGAUUCCUGUCCAUAAGAGGAUUAAAAGGACUUCACUUGAGAUUUUUUUGAAACUGUAUGUCAGCCAAUUGCAUGUAAUUACAAGGAGUGAAGGAAAGCUGUACAGCGGCAACACCAGCAUUUGUACUUGGCAUUGUCCUGGCAGCCAGUGACAAGAUUCUUGUUCUUACCAUUAACAAGGAAAUUAGGGAAGCAGUUACCUUAUUAAAGGACUAAUAAAUGAAAUGUGCUCCAUGUCUUCUGGUUGGUACUUACUUCCCUGAUGACUGGCUAUUUCUGUACCUCCAUGUAUAAAGUAAUGUGCUUGUGCUUUUUUUUUUUUUUUUUCCUAAGGGAACAUGUGCUUUUUUUCAGCUCGAACCAGUUAGCACUUUACAGUGAAUUGUUCCAAAAUCAUGAGCUUCUAAAACUUUGUGAAAUGCAAUGCCAGUUCACUUAUUUUAAAAUGCAUUUUAUCUCUUCUUCUUCUUCUUCUUUUUUUUUUUUUAUUGCUCCAUCUAGUUCCUCAGGCAUACUUGAACAUUGUGUGUGCCCUGUAACAUGGGGUGAAAUAAAGAAAUGACUUUAUGUUUCAGUAUAACUGUUGUUUUGCAGUUCUGAUGUAAAGUACAUUCUCUCGAGAGCAACUUGCCUUUUCUUUGGUACGAUGAAACAUUUCUCGAUGACCAAAUGACCCGGGGUAUUUAUUAUUACACAUAUAAUGUAAAGGUGGGAAGGAUCCUAUAAAAGCCUUCUAAUGUAUAGUCACUUGUGUUUGUUUAAUCUAUGCUGCUGCUCACUAACUUUCUCUGUUUGUCAUUCGGCUCCAUGUUUAAAGAACGCACUGCUGUUCUUUUUGUUUUCUGUCUGACGUGGGGGUUUUUUCCCCACAGGAAUAGUUUGGACCAAUUUAGAGUAUACAAAGAUUGAACCAACUUGCUGUGAAAGUAUUCGGUCAGAGAUGUAUGAGAAGGUAACAAAACUUAAAUAAGAACUUUACCCCCAACAAAGACACACAACGACUGAAGUAUUAACACCUCUUGGAUUUGCUAUUUUUAGAUAGAGGGUGUCACUUCACAGAAAUUAGAAAAGUACUGCGACACUAUCAUAUUUCAUCUUGUGUUAUAACAAACUCCCUGCAGCAAUUUUAAUUUAUUUUUUAACCUAUGUCCUAGUUCAACAAAAUUUGCCUAAAUUCAGUAAAAGUAAAAGCAACGACCUGAAACUUCAAUCAUAUGCUACACUAAGCAGAUGCUCAGUCUUCACUGAUGAAGAUCAACUUCACACCCAAAUCCUUAAAGUGGGUCUGAAAGACGGGGUGAAAAUUUAUUUUAAGAUUUCAACAAUUAUUUGAUCACUUGAAUGCAGAAGUAAUCAUUUCAAUAAAAUGUGAAAAACAGAUUUUCACAAAUUAUUUUAAUCAAAUUUAGACCUCGCUUGGAAGCCACUGUUACAAUGUUUAUAGAAAUGUCAUAUGAAGGACUAAAUUAUGAAGUUCUGAUGUUAUUUAAUCUCCUGCUGCAUUGUUCAGAAGCUCGGUCAGCACCGAUUCAGAUUCAUUCACCUCUGAAUACUUAUUUGACUCUUUAGUGGCACUCAGACUUUGUAUACGCCUUUGAACUUUUAACUCCAUAUGAAUCCUUGCAAGUCCAGAACUAUUCUUCCUGCAAACAAGUUAUGGACAUUGAUUUUAAAUUUGCUCUCUUCUGACCAGGCUGUACGCUCACAGUUCUUACUGUCUGGUCCAAAUAAUUUGCAACAGCCAUUUCUUCAGCAGUGGAGUAUCGUGCAGCAAGUGUGCAGAUGAGUCAUUGAGAUUGAGAGCAUUACAGAUUAUUUUGAUGUGAAUGACUGCACCUGCUAUUUUCAUUUUCUUUUGUUCCUGCAAAGCGUUUGGACGACUCUUGUUAUUUUCACUCCUCUGUCAGAAAUCUUAAGGAUGCCUUGUUUAUGAUGAAAUCAUUUUCUUUCCACCUUGAGUGUCCAAUGAGGCUUACAGUAACAUUCAGAAGUUUACAAAUACAGCUGUAACAAAUUUCCAUUAGUAUGUUCUGCAACUUUAAUCCUUUUUGUCAGUCUUUUUGCUUGUAUCAAUCGUACCACUGUGACAUGGUUAAUAUUAAGCGUGCCGAUUUUCAUUUGCACAUACCAGCUGGAGUGCUGUCUAAACACAUUUUGGCUGCUUUCUUUGCUUUCUGUGCCUUUUUAUGCUAACCCUUCUCACAAUACUUUCCAUACUUAUUCCCUGCGACAUUUUAACUUUUUACUUCUAACAUUUGUUGACUGAUUUGCACGUAUUGUUUUGUAUGCGAGGAUUACUUGGGUUAUUGUGGACAUCUGAUGUCCAUUAGACAAAUUUCAACAAAGAAAAACUGUUUCUCAGGCUUAAAACCAUCCUACUACAGGUCUUUCUGUGACACAAUACCAGGUACACAUAGUGCAGAAAAUUAUCUCUUAAACUAUGUAGCAAAAAAAAUAAAAAUUUCAGAGUUGUGCAAAUACCUUCACUGACAUUCAGAUAAUCCAUAUCUCUUUUUCUGCUGCAACACAUUUCAUUUUAUAUCAAUACACCAAGGCCUUUCUGACUAUCGAUCAUAAACUACAUGACAGAAUGACUCCAAAACAUCAUUCUCCUUUUACUUUUCAGCAUAAGAAUAAACCGCUCUCCUGUU